CACACACACACCCGGGAAGGGUUGCAUCCGGCUGCAGGGACCUGCCUCUCCUCCGGCAGCACCUGGCUCCACGCCCAAAGAGUACACACAGCGCAGCAGAUCCCAGCAGAUCCGCCAGGCGGGCAGGGGAGAACCCCUGGAAAGCUUGCAGAGCUGGCUUCCCUCCUCUCCCCGCCGGGCUCCUGCGAGCAAGGAGGCGGAAGGGAGCUUUCGCCAUGGAAGCUGCCCAUCCCCAGGCAGAGACACAGAGCCUCCAGCGCCCCGGGCCGGGUGUGGGCAGGAUCUGAACCCGAGACCCACGAAACAGCAGCAGGAGGAGGAGGAGGAAGGCUGAUGGCCGAGUGGCAAGCCCUCCCGGGGACCCCCGGGCUGCCCCCUCCUCGGAGGAGGGAAUCCGGCGUAGAGGAUGGCUGGAGCAACACAGAGCUGUUUGAAAUGAUUGAGAAGAUGCAGGGCAGCAGGAUGGAUGAACAGAGAUGCUCCUUCCCUCCUCCACUGAAGACUGAAGAGGACUACAUCCCUUAUCCCAGCGUCCAUGAGGUUCUGGGCCGAGAGGGCCCCUUCCCCCUCAUCUUGCUGCCCCAGUUUGGGGGCUACUGGAUCGAAGGCACCAACCACGAGCUGUCGAGCAUCCCUGAGACAGAACUGCUCCAGUCCCCGACCUGCAAGGUGAAGUUGGAGAGCAACCACACAGCCCGGCUCUACCGGAAGCACUUCCUGGGCAAGGAGCACUUUAACUACUACUCUGUGGACGCGGCGUUGGGGCACCUCGUCUUCUCCCUCAAGUACGACGUGAUUGGAGAUCAGGAGCACCUGCGCUUGCUCCUGCGGACGAAAUGUCGGACUUACCACGACGUCAUCCCCAUCUCCUGCCUGACCGAGUUUCCCAACGUUGUCCAGAUGGCAAAGUUGGUGUGCGAGGACGUCAACGUCGAUCGCUUUUACCCCGUGCUGUACCCAAAGGCCUCUCGACUCAUUGUGACCUUUGAUGAACACGUCAUCAGCAAUAACUUCAAGUUCGGUGUCAUCUACCAGAAGCUGGGCCAGACUUCAGAAGAGGAGCUCUUCAGCACCACGGAGGAGAGCCCAGCAUUCGUCGAAUUCCUUGAAUUCUUGGGCCAGAAAGUCAAGUUGCAGGAAUUCAAGGGGUUUCGGGGUGGCCUCGACGUGACCCACGGGCAGACAGGGACAGAGUCGGUCUACUACAACUUCCGAAACAAGGAGAUCAUGUUCCACGUCUCUACCAAGCUGCCCUACACGGAGGGGGAUACCCAGCAGCUGCAGAGGAAACGGCAUAUCGGGAACGACAUCGUGGCCAUCAUCUUCCAGGAUGAGAACACGCCCUUCGUCCCGGACAUGAUCGCCUCCAACUUCCUGCACGCCUACAUUGUAGUUCAGGCCGAGAAUCCCUGUACGGAGAACACACUCUACAAGGUCUCUGUCACUGCCCGGGACGACGUGCCUUUCUUCGGACCUCCGUUGCCCAACCCGGCCGUUUUCCGAAAGGGCCCCGACUUCCAAGAAUUCCUCCUGACGAAGCUGAUCAACGCCGAGUACGCCUGCUACAAGGCAGAGAAGUUUGCCAAACUGGAGGAGCGCACGCGAACAGCUUUGUUGGAGACCCUCUACGAGGAGCUACACCUCAACAGCCAGUCCAUGAUGGGCCUUGGGGGAGAUGAGGACAAGAUGGAGAACGGUAGCGGGAGCAGCGGGGGCUUCUUCGAGUCCUUCAAGCGGGUGAUCCGCAGCCGCAGCCAGUCGAUGGAUGCCAUGGGGCUCAGCGGCAAGAGGCAGAACACCGUCUCCACCAGCCACAGCGGGAGUUUCGGCCACAACAACCCCGACAUCGCCAAAGCCGCAGGCAUAUCAUUGCUUGUCCCCGGAAAAACGCCAACUAGGUACGGACGACGAGGCAGCGCCAUAGGCAUAGGAACCAUAGAAGAGUCCCUGAUAGUCCCUGGAAAGAGCCCGACACGGAAGAAAUCGGGGCCCUUCAGCUCCCGGCGGAGCAGCGCCAUCGGUAUUGAGAACAUCCAGGAGGUGCAGGAGAAAAGGGAAAGCCCCACCGGGACCCAGAAGACUCCGGACAGCGGCCAUGUAUCUCAGGAACCCAAGUCUGAGAACUCAUCCAAUCAGAGCUCUCCAGAGAUGCCCACCACCAAGAACAGACCAGAUCCUGUAGCCCCCAAACCAGACUCCCUGCGCGAUUUCUCGCGUUCCUCCUCCAGCGCUAGCAGCUUUGGCAGCGUGGCAGAAGAGCAGGAGGGGGGCCACGACGAAGACACCGGCAUGGAGAGCCAGUCCUCAUCAGGCACUCCCCAGAAGCGGGACUCCUUUAUCUACAGUACCUGGCUGGAUGACAGCCUCAGCAACACCAGUGGGGGCAGCUCACCAGGCCCUUCUCGCUCUCCGCAGCCAGAUCCCAGGAAAUCUACGGACCCCUCUUGUCCAGAAAUAAAAAUCCAGCUGGAACAGUCCGAGCGGCAACCUCCCCACCUGCACACGGCGAAGAAGCACAAGCUGAGGGAAUUGCGGAAGGCCCCCAUCUUCGUCACGGCACAAGACUACUGCCCGGCCAGCAAAGCUGACCUGCCCAAGCCGCCGUCUUAAGCAAGCAGCUGCCUCCCCCAUCUCUCCUUCCCGUCACUUUUGGCAGGGCAGCAAGGCAUGCUGGGACUGGCCAGGCCUUGAGAAGAAGCUCUCGAGGUCCCUGCCCAAUCCCCAUCCCUUCCAUGAGCUGUGCUCGACACCCCCCUGUCUCACCCCAUUAUUAGCUCUGGCCCUCUGCGGACGACAUCUCGCAGCCAGCAGUGAUGCCUACCAGGCCCAACUGUGAAGCCAAGAUGAGGACGUGACGCUCUUUGAAUCAAAACACGGACAAUCACCCACCCACAUCCAGAUUCCCCCAGCCCUUUUCUGCGGCGGAGAUGUCUGUUUCGCUUGUCUCUAGAAGCAAGGGGCCGCCGGGUGGCUCUGCGGCUCUCGCGUCGCCAUCAAACUAUCUUGGGAGAGGGAAACCAGCACAGAAAAUGAACCAAGAGCUCAGCAGUCUGGGUGCUUCGAGGGCACCUGAGGGGAGAGCUCCGGAUUGGGAGCUUGGAGAGAAAAACGAAACCUUGGGAAGAUUCUCCAGCAUUUUGGCACACCGGGGGAGCAGAACCGGAGACCCUGUUCCGGAAGCGCUGUGGCCGUGGAGUCUAAGCCGUUUUGUGGUCUGCUAGAGGCUGGGACAGAUCAACCACUCCUCUCUCCGUUUGUAUAACAGCCAUGUUCCCCAUUCCUGUGUAUAUAUCCUGCCAUCAGCUGCCAAGCCCAUCAGCUGCUCUCCAUCAGAAGUGGCACUGUGAAUCCCGCCCCCCUCUCUCUCUACAGCUGAGCCUUGCUGUUGUGCUCACCCACACAGUCCGAAAUCCUUUCUUUCCUAGUGGCACAUCUGGCAAUAACGGGAGCCAGGGCAGAAUCGGAGGCGGCGUCUGGGUAACUUUGCAGAAGGGUUCCCAAAUAUACGAACCCCCAAGACGGUGUGGAUUGGCAGGGUUUGGGAGACCCCUCGUCCUCCCAGGCAACGCGUGACUCUCUCUCUUUCUCUCUCGUUUUUUCUCGAAGUUUAUCCCAAAGAAUAAUUGACAAUUGACUCUUUAUUUAUUUUUUUGUUGCCGCGGGACAGCUGACGUCCAAGGCACUUAGAAGAACAGCCAGUGAACUGCUUCUGUCCCAUUUAUCUCUCUUUUUUGGUGGGGGAGCAGCAGCCCGUUCCACAAUAACACCCUCCUCUUUGCAUGCUGCGUGUCGUCUCUUCAUCAAGAAAAACCAGAUAGAGCCAGACAGAGGUUGCCCUAAACAAAGGGGGGAAAGUCGGGACACGGGGUAGGGUUUGCAUCGCCAUAUUCCCUAACGGGAGUUUAUUACUCGUGGCAGGACACUCCAAGCUGUCUUUGCAUUGUUCCCUCCAAACUACGGCCAGUCUGCAUCCAUGCUGUACAGUUUUUCGGGGUGGGAGUGGGGAUGCAAUGUUCCCUUUCCUGGCUCUCUUCUCCUGAAUCUGCCAAUGUGCAGGACCAGAGAAGAACAUGUGCCCAGAUCCCAAAGUACUUAAUUUCAACCCGCCUUCUUGUGACUAGAUAAAUCCUGUGAACGUCUGGGCCCAUUUGCCAUCUGUGUCACGUGUGUGUGUGUGUGUGUGUGUGUGUGUGUGUCCCCUUCCCUCCCAUCCUGCCGUCCUCUGUUUUUGUUACUGUAUUUUUUAAAGAUGCACAAAAAUCCAUGAAUUAAUGUUCAGGAACUAAGGUUUCCUUCUCUCUCUCUCUCUCUCUCUCUCUCUCUCUCUCUCUCUCUCUCUUAAUUUUUAAGCUCCGAGGUUGUGUUGGUGUUUCCAGUGACAUAUGUAUAAAAAAAAGAAGACAAAAAUGAAAAAUCUAUUUAUCGCUAUUGUAAGAAGACUCUAUUUGUAAAAUGCUUUUUAAGAUAUACAGGCUGUAAAAUAAAACGAGAAAUCCGUGCAUUUCAAUCACUGACAGAG